AUGGAUGCUGUGCCAGCCAGUCCUUCACAGGGAAAGGAGGAGUCGGGGGAGCCCAGGCUGAGCCCCGGUGGGGAGCCCCGAGAGGGAAAGGGGAAGAGGAAAAGGGACAGUGAGGAGCAGCCCAGUGCGCAUAAACAGAAGAAGCUAAAGACAAAACAGCCCCGCAGCCCUUCGGAAGAAAGGGCUGACACUGAGGAGGCAGCAGAUGGCAGCAGCCCCACAAAGAAGAAGAAAGCAAAUAGAAGAAAAUCGAAAGUGCAGCAAGAGGGGACUGAAGCAGAUUCUGAAGAAGACAUCAAACAACAGGACAACAGAAACAAGCUUAAAAAGAAGUCUGAUAAGGGGAGGAAGACAGAUGAGGAAACACAAGGAGAUGAAACAGAGAAGAAAGAGAGCGGUGAAAAAGCUGAAGAAAAUAAAACUCCAGAGGAGGAGGUGCCCUCAGGGGCAGGGGCAGAUUGUGCCCCCUCCAGUAUGAUGAUCCUUGGAGACUACGAAGCAAAGCCAGUGCAGAAGGUGCAGCCCUUCCUGCCUCAGUGGCUUGCUGAGCCCCGGCGGGUGCAGAAGCGCAUCAGGGACAAUCUGUGUCCAGUCGGGGACGUGCCAGGAAUCCACCCCAGGCUGCUGAAAAAGCUGCAGAUGAAUGGAAUAGACUCCUUUUUCCCAGUGCAGGCAGAGGUGAUCCCUGCCAUCCUGCAGAGUGCAGCCCAUGGGUUCCUGCUGGGCCGGGGCGGCUUCCGCCCCAAGGACAUCUGUGUGUCAGCCCCCACGGGCAGUGGCAAAACCCUGGCCUUUGUCAUCCCCAUCGUGCAGGUUCUGUUGGAUCGAGUGGUUUGCCACGUGCGAGCUCUGGUUGUUCUGCCCACCAAAGAGCUGGCACAGCAGGUGAGUAAAGUGUUCAACGUUUACACUGACGGGACAGGGCUGAAGGUCGUUUUGAUUACUGGCCAGAAAUCUUUUGCAAAGGAGCAGGAGAUGCUUGUCCAGAAAAAAGUGACAGGCUACUGCAGCCUGGCUGACAUUGUGGUGGCCACGCCAGGGAGGCUCACGGAUCACAUCAACCAGACCCCAGGCUUCAGCCUGGCACAGCUUCGCUUCCUGAUCGUGGAUGAAGCUGACCGUAUGAUUGAUGACAUGCACCAGAACUGUCUGAACCAAAUUGUCAGAGCUGCAUUCCAAGGAGAAAAUCACUCUGGCUCCAACAAGCUUUUUCAGAGGACCAAGCCAGGGCCUUUAACAGCAGCCAGUUCCUGCUCUCCUCAGAUACCCUUACAGAAACUGCUGUUUUCAGCCACCCUGACCCAGGACCCAGAGAAACUGCAGCAGCUGGAUUUAUUCCAGCCUCGUCUCUUCACAUCUGUGUAUUCCGAGAAAAGCAGAGAUGGAACAGAAACUGAACAAAAUACCAAUAAUAAAUACACACUCCCAGAGGGGCUGUCGCAAUGUUAUGUGCCUUGUGACCUGAACUCCAAGCCUUUGAUCCUCUUAUAUUUCAUGCUGAAAAUGAAAUUCACCCGUGUGUUGUGCUUCACCAACUCCAGGGAAGCCUCUCACAGGUUGUUCCUGCUGGUUCAGGCCUUUGCUGGAGUCACAGUGGCAGAGUUUUCUUCUCGGUUAACUCCAAAUGAGAGAAAGAGAACCAUGAAGGAGUUUGAGCAAGGAAAAAUACAACUGUUGAUCAGCACAGAUGCCACAGCCCGAGGGAUUGAUGUGAAAGGAGUGAAUUAUGUGAUAAACUAUGAUGCACCCCAGUUCAUCAGGACCUACAUUCACCGGGUUGGAAGAACAGCUCGUGCAGGAGAAACAGGUGUUGCUUUCAGCUUGGUCCUUAGAAUUCAGGAGCGGCGCUUCCUGCGGAUGCUGAGGGAUGCUGGCAUCCAGGACAUCCAGAAACACCCGGUGAAGGGCAACUCCCUGAAGCCACUGGUGCAGCAAUAUGAGGGAGCUCUGUGUAAGCUGGAGAAGACAGUCAAGAAUGAGCGAGCACAGAGGCGAGCCUGAGGCGUGGAAGCUGAGGUGGCACUGAAGCUGCUGCGUGGGACAGGCCAUGGCUGCUCCCAGCUCUGAGUCAUGGCCCCUCAGUUCCUCAACCUUAUCAUAUCUCAUGUCAGCUGUUGCCUUAUUCCUCUUUCAAGGACACUGUGAACAGAGUUCAGUUGCUGGUUUAAAAAAAAGAAAAAAAGAUAAAUUUUGAGGUACAUGUUAUCAUGAAGAGGACUUUGCAUCAUAUGCUGCUGGCAUGUGGAAAUUACCACCAGCCUGAGCGUGGCCUGAUGGAGCUGCUGUGCUCCAGUGGUGAGGGCUGGCCCUCAUUCCUGCCCUGGGACACUGGUUCUGUGUCUGCAGAUGCAUCAACACCUGUGCAGUGCUUAAAGCAGAAAUGGGUUUGAAGAGCUGCUCUAGGUGCCCUGACUCCAACUUUUAAGUAAAUAUUAAAUAAAUAUUAUAUAUAUUUUUAAAACAGUGUCUAAUAAAGAUUCCUGGGCUCAGGAAUUGGACUUUA